CUCCUCUGCUCCGCGUUUCUAAACGCGCUGCGCUCCGCGCGCACUGCCCCGACCAGCAGCUCAGCGUGCACGCGAGCGGACAGAUCGCUCUCCUCUUCUCGCCUUAUACAAAACAGGCUUCUUUUUCUUUUUCUUUUCAACACAGCCGAGACGCCGCGUCGUGCCUGCGGAAGGGAUUUAACAACAACAACAAAAAAAAAACCACCAAAAACGAACUGGCGAUAUUUUUCUCUCUCUCUCUUUUUUUAUUCCACAGAAGCCAUAUUUUUUUCCCCUCCGUCGCGCGCUCACAUUUUUUUUUUGGGUUUAAAAAAACAGUCUCGCGAAAGAGAACGCGACGUGACCGUUGAAACUUUUCCCCCCUCCUCUGCAGCAGCAGCUAGCUAAUCUCCACAGGUUCCUUGUGGAAGCCGAGUGAGGCUAACAUACACACACACACACACACACACACGGAGAGUCGGGAGGAGGAGAAGAAAAAACGCUCAAAGUGUCGACUUGUUGCGCUCGGAAGUCGAGUUUGGAUUGUAGGAAGCGAAUUUAAAGCGCUUUCGAAGUUUUUUUGUGCGGGUUUUUGUGGCGCUUUUGUUCUCGAAAGCAGAACGAGGCUUCGCUCACUGACUCACUCGACUCCCUCAUUCGACUCCUCCAUCACAGCCAAGAAGUUUUACUCGACUCUUACAACACUUCUAAAUGUUUUUUUAAAGUGUUUCCAAGGAGCCGGAUUUCACAACGUAGUCAUGGACAAGCUGGAUUUCGCUCUUGAGGAUUACUACUGAAAUACUGUUGUUUAUUUUCAUGUUUGUUUCUUUAAAAGAAGAAGAAAAAAAACUUUUUCACCCUCGAUGCGUCGCGAGAACUGAGCUAACACUUUGUUGUUUUUAAAAUCCAGUCCACGAAACCGCACUACUUUUCUUUCUUUCUUUCUUUCUUUUGUUUUUUUGGGGGAUUUUACCGCAAACAUCCAGAGCCGACAUGCCGCAGCUGAACGGAGGCGGAGGAGACGAGCUCGGGGCGAACGACGAAAUGAUCUCGUUUAAGGACGAGGGCGAGCAGGAGGAGAAAACGGCCGAGAGCGUGUCCGCAGACAGGGACCUGGACGACGUCAAGUCAUCGCUGGUGAACGAGUCGGAGAACAACAGCAGCUCGUCGGAUUCGGAGCCGACAGAGAGACGCCCUCAACCUCGUUCCGACGCUGAAAGUUAUGAGAAAGCCCGAGAAUGUUUUACUGAAGCGCUGAGGAGACAACAAGAUGGAGGAGGACUGUUUAAGAGCCCGCACUACCCGGGUUACCCGUUAAUCAUGUUCCCGGAUCUGGCCAGCCCGUAUUUACCCAACGGGGCUCUGUCUCCUACAGCCAGGACUUCUAAUAAGGUUCCUGUAGUGCAGCACGCUCACAUGCACCCGCUGACCCCCCUCAUCACCUACAGUAAUGAUCACUUUCCUCCAGCGACGCCGCCUUCGCACCUCUCCCCAGAGAUCCUGGACCCUAAGACAGGUAUCCCACGGACCCCCCACCCCUCUGAGCUGUCUCCAUAUUACCCCCUGUCUCCAGGGGCUGUGGGGCAGAUCCCUCACCCUCUGGGUUGGCUCGUCCCACAACAAGCACAGCCCAUGUACUCCAUUCCUCCAGGAGGUUUCCGGCACCCGUACCCAGCACUCGCUAUGAACGCCUCCAUGUCCAGUCUGGUGUCGAGUCGUUUUCCUCCUCACGUUAUGCCUCAUCAUCCUCACGGUCUUCAUCAGACGGGAAUCCCACACCCUGCUAUAGUCUCUCCUGCCAUCAAACAGGAACCCAACGGAGAGCUGAGCCCUGCCGCGCACACGAAGUCUCCAGGGCCGGCUAAGAAGGAGGAAGAGAAGAAGCCCCACAUUAAGAAGCCCCUGAACGCCUUCAUGCUGUAUAUGAAGGAGAUGAGGGCUAAAGUGGUGGCCGAGUGCACGCUCAAAGAGAGCGCCGCUAUCAAUCAGAUACUAGGCAGGAGGUGGCACUCUCUGUCUCGGGAAGAGCAAGCCAAAUAUUACGAGCUGGCCAGGAAAGAGCGGCAGCUUCACUCUCAGCUCUACCCCGGCUGGUCCGCACGAGAUAACUACGGCAAGCGGAAGAAGAGGAAGAGAGAGAACAAGGUCGACUCGGCAGCAGAAGAUUACUCGGCGCGGACCAAGAAGCCUUGCGUGCAGUACCUCCCUCAGGAGAAGAUGAUCGACAGCCCGGCGUCCUCUCACGGCAGCAUGCUGGACUCCCCGGCCACGCCCUCCGCCGCCCUGGCGUCGCCCGCCGCGCCCGCCCCCACUCACUCCGAGCAGGCCCAGCCGCUGUCGCUCACCACCAAACCCGAGCGCCAUCACCCUCACUUCUCUCUGAUCUCCAAACCUUCAUCAUCCUCCUCAUCCUCCUCUUCUGCUUCCACUUCAUCCUCAUCCUCCUCUUCCUCCUCUCACCCCAGCAUCUCUCUCGCCGUCAGCACCUCAGGCAGUCAGUCGACCCCGCCUCUCCUCUCUCGGCCAAUCCCCUUCACCUCCCUGCACCACUCCCUCUUCUCCCCGCCCUCGCCGUUCCAUCAGGCCGCCCUGCACUCCCAUCACGCCCUGUUCCAGACGCAGCCGCUCUCCUUGGUAACCAAAUCAGCCGACUGAUUACUACGGAAACAGCUCUCUCUCUCUCUCUCUCUCUCUCUCUCGGCCCCCUCUCCAUCAUCUCUCUCUCUCUCUCUCGCUCUAUCUUGUCCCCCUCUCCAUCUCUCUCUCUCUCUCUCUCUCUCUCUCUCUCGGCCCCCUCUCCAUCUCUCUCUCUCUAUCUCUAUCUUGUCCCCCUCUCCAUCUCUCUCUCCAUCUCUCUCUCUCUCUCUCUCUCUCUCAGCCCCCUCUCCAUCUCUCUCUCUCUAUCUCUAUCUUGUCCCCCUCUCCAUCUCUCUCUCCAUCUCUCUCUCUCUCGUCCCCCUCUCCAUCUCUCUCUCUCUCUCUCUCUCUCGUCCCCCUCUCCAUCUCUCUCUCUCCAUCUCUCUCUCUCUCUCGUCCCCCUCUCCAUCUCUCUCUCUCUCUCUCUCGUCCCCCUCUCCAUCUCCCUCUCCAUCUCUCUCUCUCUCGUCCCCCUCUCCAUCUCUCUCUCUCCAUCUCUCUCUCGCUCUCGUCCCCCUCUCCAUCUCUCUCUCUCUCUCUCUCGUCCCCCUCUCCAUCUCCCUCUCCAUCUCUCUCUCUCUCGUCCCCCUCUCCAUCUCUCUCUCUCCAUCUCUCUCUCUCUCUCGUCCCCCUCUCCAUCUCUCUCUCCAUCUCUCUCUCUCUCUCGUCCCCCUCUCCAUCUCUCUCUCUCUCGCUCUCUCGUCCCCCUCUCCAUCUCUCUCUCUAUCUUGUCCCCCUCUCCAUCUCUCUCUCCAUCUCUCUCUCUUUCUCUCUCAAUCUCUCCACUUUAAACAUGCUGUAUAUUGCUUCUUUUUUUUCUCCCUCCCCCCCCCCCCCACACCACCACAUAGACGUCAGGUUAACUUUUUUGAUAAGCGAAAAGUCAAUGAAUAUUAUUGGUCAAUAUUUGAUCACCUGCUUUUCUGUGUCUCUCUCUAUGAAAGUGUAUUUUUUUGUAAAGUCUACUUUGGAACUGGUUUCUUAUUUGAUACAGUUAUCCAGCAAAACCUCCUUGUAUAAAGUUAUUACUUGUAUUAAAAAAAUAAAAGCGACAAAAAAAAAAAAAAACACUUCUUUAAUAAGACGAGAAGGAACAAAAAAUAAAAAAUAAAAAUAAAUCUUAAAAGCGUACAUGUAAUUAAUGGUAGUUUUGAAGUUUUAAUUCCUAGUACAGGCCGUUUAUUAGAAGGCUUUUGAGACUACCCCUGCAGUUUUGAAGUGUGUGAACUUGAUAAAUAAAACUUGUAAAUUGUUUCUAGAACA